AUGCGCGCCUUAAUACACCAUUCAAGCCGUUUGGCUUUUCAAAUAUCCAGAACAUCACGGAAGAGUGGCUUUUCUAUAAUUCAUUCUGGCACAAUUCGAUUCUACACCGCAUCGGCUGGCUAUGUUGACGAAACAUUCGCGCUCUCUAUCGGCCACAAUGGAGAGGUGAAUUUGAGAGUCACGCGACCGGUCGCGUCGUAUUCACAAGCCGCGAGUGAUUCUUCCUCAGGGCCGAAUGUGAUUCUUUACCUGCCGCCGGGACCCUUGUUUCAAGGGCUAGGCGAAAAUCCUGCUCAAGAAGAUGCAGCAUCUUUGGAGUCGCGUAAAGAAUUGGAACUGCUCAAUGCAGACUCUGCAGAGUACUCACCCCAGCAUCUCCUGGCAUCCGCGACCUCCGCAACGGUAGUCACAAUCAACUACCGCCUCGGCAGACCAGAGGGCAAAAAUGCCCUGCCUGAAAAGGCCAUAUCAGAGCAAGAGCAACCUCCAAACCUGGGAGAAACAAAAUCUAGCCCCAGCACCCAACCAGACUUUUACAAAUACCCCACCCCAAUCCACGACACACUCGCCGGGUUCGAUUGGAUCCAAAACACCCUCAACCCAGCGCAUCUCACAAUCUUCGGCUCUCACAUUGGCGGCUCCUUAGCGCUCAUGCUAGCCCUCACAGAAGCACAGUCCGUCCAAGCAGUCGCGGCCCAUGAGCCCGUAUGCGACUGGCCCAGUCUAGACGAGUACUGCGCAAUCGAAGACACAGCACCCGAGACAAGCACAGCCAUAGAGAGCCACCAUAAUACGAAAAGAUCCCCAAAGAAGAAAGUAUCGGGUUCUUCUGCGCCUGCAGAUUUAGUUCCACUCCUUCAAGCCCGUGAAAGGUUCUUCUCUUCGCCGGAGAGAUGCUUCGAUGCAUUCGCAUCUCCGAUUCUCUUCCUUCGCUCCCCGGGUCGGGACACGCCGCGCUCAUUUCCCCAGUAUCUAAUUGGCCCAGAGUAUCCCGUGCCAACGCUGAAGAAAACUCGCAAAUUGACUUCUGCGGAGCAGUACGAGGCGCCGGAUGGGUCUCUUUGGGAUAGAGAUGUCUAUCCGGAUGUUGAUGUGGAGGAUCCAUAUGAUCCUUCUGCUCCGGUUGUACGGCGCCGGAAGGCAUUAUCACGCUGGCCGCCCUAUGGAUUGGAUUAUGGGCUUAGUGGGAAGACUUGGACCGGGCCCGAGCACGGAAUUGGGAGGCUGCAGGUUACGUUGCCUUGGAUGAGGGUGUUUUUAGGGGGUGGAAUUGGUGGUUCGAUUAGGGAUGAGACGGAAGGGCAUAAGGAUGGUGAUUCUGGGCAUACCGUUCUUGCAAAUCAGGGUGAAGAGAUGGUUUCUGUUAUGCGAAGAGCGUGUUUCUGGGGCCGGGAGAAGGGUGUUGGGGAGAAGAAGGUGACUUUAGCGCGGGUUGAAGGGAGUCUGGAGGAAGAGGCUGGGGCUUGGUUUAAUAGCUUUUUUGAUGGGUCGAUAGAAGAGGAUUAA